UUUAAUGAAGAUUUCUUAAGUUGAAUUCAAGAGUUAAAUUAUAUAUAUAUUUUUUUUUUGAAAAUCAAUAUGGUGGUUAUCAUUAAUAGUAAUUUCGAUUCAAUUUCUCAAUAGUGCGAUCAGUUUCAUGUAAUGUUCCUUAAAUUGGCUCUAUGGUAUGGUGCUGAGCUAUCUCAAUAGUUCGUGAGUGUUGACAAAUAUUGUUGGUCAGUAUUUUGAAUUGUGUUCGUUCUAAAAAGAGACUUUUGCAGUUAAAUUUUAGGAGUAUUUAAUUUUUUUUCGCUUGGUUUAUUUAAUAAGUGAUUUAAAAUGUCCUGGUUAAAUUUAAACGACAGCUUAAGCAGUAUUAAAGGGCAAUUAUCCAGUCUUGCAAGUGGUGUCUUGACAGAUAGUGACGUUUCAGAAUCCUAUCAAGAAGUGCAAGAAUUAAAUCAAAAAUUAGAAGUGCUUUCAAAUCUCUGUAUGAAAAAAGAUGCUGAAAUUGAACAACUACGAUUAUUAACGUCUCACAUUAGCCGACAAAGGAACCACACAACCAGCGAACAAAAUGGAAACAAAGAAAUGGACGAAUGGGAUUGGCAAGGCACCGAAAUACCCCUCACUCUGGAUCCUUGCCUCAAAUACCAGGAAGAAAUCGAUAAUCUCAAAAAGAAAGUCGAUAUAUUAGAAAAUGAUAAGGAAGACUUGACAAAAAGUAUGGAGCAGUUGGAUGCGGAUUCGCAGCAAACAAUCAACAAAUUACUCAAUUUAAAAGAGUCGUUACAAACUGAAUUUAACACUUUAAAGAAUGAUUAUAACGACCUGAAGAAAGAGUACGGGGAUGUGAUGAAAGAAAAUCUGGAAAAAUCCCAGAAAAUUGAACAGCUUCUUAACCAGAAAAAUACGAUACAUGAUGAUCAUCAACUACUCAAAGUUGUAGAAGAAUAUGAGCGUUUAAAAUCUUCCUUUGAUGAACAGAACGAACAUAAAGCAAUUCUUAUAGUCGAAAAUCAUAAAUUAAAAGAGGAGAACGAGAAGUUAUAUGAAAAAUUGGAGCAAAUUUCUUUGAAAAUAGAAGAAUUAGAAAGUGAAGCCCGGAAAACAGAAACUAUUUUAGAUAAAAAUGAAGACAAUAAUUCUCUUGGAGAAAAAGAAAACAGCCACAUAAUAGCGAAAGAUUUAGAAAAUGCUCUCCACGAUAGGUAUAAAAGUAUACUUGAAGACUUUCGAAAAAAUUAUAUUGAUAACGAUUAUCUGACUACAAAUCAUCACAGUUCCAACGUUAAUGUAAGCCCAGAAGAUGAAUUUUCUCAAGAAUUAAAUAGUGUUCUGAAAUAUUUAUUAUCUUUCAAAUCUAAAGCCGAAAACCUAGAAGAAAAAUUACAAACAUUAACCCAAGAGAAAACGGCCAUAAUUCAAUCAAAGAAUAUGGAAAUAGAAAAGUUACUUAAAAAUUCUGAAAUAUUGAGCCAAGAAGUCAUUACAAAGACACAAACGAUCAAAGAUUAUGAAAAAGAAUGCGCCCAGUUAAUGGAAAAUAACGAUAUGCUCAUUACAGAAUUGGAAAAUUUCAAAAAUAGUAGCGGUCUCCAGACCAUAUCUGAGACGCAUGAAGACAAUAUUUUAUUGCUGGAGAACCAGCUUGAAAACGCAAACAAAAAAAUAGAAGAGUUGAAGUUGGUGAUAUCAGAUUUGGAAAACAGCAGGCAGGAAUGCAAUGAAGAAACAGAAACUGAACUUCUGUAUGUCAAAAAGCAUCUCAACUUAACAGGUCAGGAAUUGAGCCAAGCUAAAGAAGAGAACCAAGAACUGUUGGCUAAUUUACGGCAGAGUGAGGAGGAAAGAGACAAGUGGCAUGAUGAAUACAUAAAAUUAAAAAAUCUUCACCAGACGUGUGACGAAGAAAAACUGAAAUUAAGAUCGAUGGUAGAAAAAUUGACCGCAGAUUACGAAAAUUUGGAGUACAGCUUGACAGAAAACAACGUAUCCACUGAAAGUUUAACAGAGGAAAUAGAAGAUUACAAGAAAAAAUUUGACGAUAGUUCUUCAAAACUACAUCAGUAUGAAGAAGAGUUAAAACAGGCUACUCAAAAAAUUAAUGAUUAUGAAGAUAGAAUUCAAGAAUUGAAUUCACACACCAAAAAUUUGGAAUCACUCAACUUUUCUCUAGAGUCCAAUCUAAAUCAGUUUCAAGUCGAAAUAGAUUCAUUGAGAGAAGAAAUGCUCGAAAAGAUUAAAAAUGACGACAAAUACCAGGCACAAAUUAGGAAUCUUACUGAAAAACUUCAAAACGCGAAAAUGUCCGAAACAAGCUUAAAAUUACAAUAUGAUACGCUCUACAAGGAACUUUUAAGCAUUAAAGAAUUAAAACAACGAUUGGAAAGUGAGAAUGCAACUUUAACAAAACAAGUUGAUGAUCUUAAUACUUUAAAUGAAGAACUUACUCAGAAAUUAAUUGUUCAAACUGAAGAAAUGAAAAUUGUGGAUUUAAAUGGAUCAGCAGAUUCUAAUCAAACUAAAAAAAGCGAAGAAGAAAUAGUACAACUUCAAGAGAAACUGCUUAAUGUCCAAAAGUUAAACGAAGAUCUUCUUCAGAAACAAUCGAUAUUAGAAACUCAAAACGCAGAACUCACUAAAGCCAAAAACGAACUGAUUGAAUUUGUCCAGACAAAGCACCAAGAAAAUAUACAAUACCACAAUGAAAUCCAACGGUUAAAUCAAGUAUUAAUAACAGAAUGUGCCAAUCGUCAGUCUUUAGAGGUAGAAAUUAAUAAUCUCAAAGAAUUGCUAAAAGAAAAAGAAAGUAGUACCAACCGGCCCACUGAAGACGAAAACUUAACUCUCCUGAAAGAUAAACUAGCUUGUAUGGAGGAAGAAAAAUUACGAUUUGGCGAAGAAAUCACAAAAAUGUCCGAAGAGUUGCGAAAAAAGAACGAAGAAAUAACGCAGAAGGAAGAAAACUUGAAAAUUCUUGCUGAUAAAAAUAAAAACCUGUGCGAGAAAUGUGAGUUCCUAGCAGAAAAUUUAUUACAAGAACAAAGCAACCAUCAGAAAGUUCUUGCGGAAUACACAUCACCUUCGGAAAGGGAACAAAGUCUAGUAAAGGAAUUAGAAAGACUGAGAGAGCAUUUGGUUGAAAUGGAAGAGAGCUACACCCAAGAGUUGCUGUUGGCAGAGCAGAAGAAUCAAGAAAUGUUGGUCAAAGUUAACGAAAUUGAACAGAGAGAAAAACAAUCGAGCUCUGUUUAUACAUCGAUAAAUAUUAGGGCGAAUCAACAAGUGGAAACCAUGCAAGUGCAAUUGCAGCUGGUAACGAAUCAAAGGGAUGAACUUCGGAAGAAAUUGUCGGACGUUGAGGACCAACUGAAUAAACAAAACGCUGCAGUUACAAAUUUGCAACUUGUUAUUGAACAGUUUCAAAAAGAGAAAGAAAAGGAUAUUUAUGUAGAAACUGAACGAAUUCGAAGGCAAAUAAAAGCGGAAAAACAGAUUCAAGAUGAGCUUAAACAAGAAAUUGCAAAUUUAAAAUCUCAGUUAGAAGGCAGUAAACAAGGAUUACAAGCCGCUUCUAGAUUAAAUGAUCAACUAGAGACCUGCAAACAACAGAUUGCUUCUUAUAAAGACAAAGUUCGGGAGUUGCAAGAAAAACUUGUGCAGGCGGAAGAAAAAUUCAAAGAUCUGUCCUCAAACACGGACGUAAAAGUCGACAAGAAUUUAAUCAAAAGUUUGCUUAUUGGUUUCAUUACGUCAAGCCACAAUACAAAAGAUCAAAAUCAAAUCUUAAAAAUAAUAGCUACCGUUUUGGACUUUAAUCAGCAAGAAAGCGAGAAAGUAAAAUUGAAUCAAAUACAUCAUGAGGGUUGGUUGAAUUCCCUUUUGCAUCCCCAAAAUGCAAAAGUAAAUAACGAUGAAAGCAAAGAAUCGUUGUCACAGGCAUUUGUUAGGUUUCUGGAAGCGGAAUCAAAACCUACAGUUAUUCCUAAUUUGCUUUCCUCCACUAUUACUACUAAGUCAACAGGGGAUAGUAGUAAAAGUAGCAGUAAAAGACAGUCGCCCAUACUUCUAAGUGAAGUUGUGUUGCCAACAUUUGCCGACUUUGGUCAAAGCCGAAGUUCGAGUUCUAUACUCAAAGACGUGCUAAAAGAUAAUAGCUAAACUGUUGUCCAACUGUUAAAUUUGUUAAUGACACGCUUUAAUUACCUAAUUAAUACAUAUGUACAUAUAUUAAGUUGUAUUCGUUAUUAUUGUUAUUCCUAAGGGAU